AAUAUAAGACAAACUGAUGAUGCUCAACAAUAGUGGAGUCUCUUAAUUGGGAAAAUUAAAUGGAUAACUUGGUUAAGCAAAGAAGAAGAAGGGUCUCAAUUUCCGAGAACAAACAAGCGGAUUUGUCAAGGCUAUCAGAAUUAGAUAUAACCGAUUACCCAGCAUUAAACUGGCUGAAAAACCAAUCAUAUUGGUACGAGAAAAAUGACUACUACAACGAGAAAGAGAGCGAAUUCGCAGUUUCUAUUGCGGCUGCUGCAUUCGUCAUUAGAUCAAUGGAAGAAGCCGAUAAACGAAAAGCAAAAAGAAUAAGAGAAGAAAUCAAGAGGUCACGGACGAAGAAAACCAAUCCGGUUACACCUGAUGCCGAAGUAAAGAGGUUAAGCAAAUCAUAUACACAAGAGGUGAAUAUUGGAAAGGAAAGUUUCAGGAAAAAGCUGUUGGAGUAUCCAUCAGAAAACCGUCGGCCACAAGAGAUUGGCUCAUCCUCUAGGACAUCAGGACUUGCUUCAGCGUCAAGUAAAGCAGAUUCUUGGGAAAAUUCUCACAUUAAGAAAAUAAGAUUAAGGUAUGAGAAAAUGAAAGCUGAUAUCGUGGGUUGGGAAAAUGAGAGAAAAUUAGUAGCUACACUGAGAAUGGAGAAAAAAAAGAGUGAAAUGGAGAAAAGAAGAGAAAUAAAUAAUCAGCAUUACAAGUCAAAAUUAGCAAGGAUUAAACUAAUUGCUGAUGGAGCCAAGAAACAGCUUGAGGAGAAGAGGAGGAGCAAAGAAGCUCAAGUUCAUGAAAAAGUAAAGAAAAUGCGUAGAACGGGGAAAAUUCCUAUAAAUUAUUUCUGCUUUCGAUGUUACUGAAAUCAAAACUACUUCUAUCAAUGAAACUAUAUUUGUAAGGGUUUACUUAAUAAUAAUUGAGAAACUCAAAAGUCUCAAAUCAUAAAUAAAGAGUAAGUACACAUAAUUAUGAAUU